UUCACAUUAUUCUCCCCUCUUUUCUGCUGUACAAUCUCCAAACAUUUCUCUCUUCCAAACUACUCUAUCAAAUAUGGAGGCUAAACUUCUUGGUCCUCUUGUGGAUGUCACAAUAUCUAAGGUGAUUUCAGUUACUACUGAGCAACUCAACUUAGCAGUGGGAUUCAAGCAAGAACUCAAGAAGUUUCAUGUGAUGUUGAGAACGCUGGAGGGCGUGCUGCAAGAUGCUGAAGAGAAGAAGCUGACAAGUCACUCUGAUCUGCAACCUUGGCUUGAGGAGCUUGGAAAUAUAGUUGAUGAAGCUGACGAUGUGGUAGAUGAGAUUGCAUAUGAACAUCUACGGUACAAGGUAGCUCAAAUGUGGGAAAAGGUCAGCUAUUUCUUUACUCUUUCCAAUCCUUUAGCUCUUCGCCUUAAGAUAGCUAACAGGAUUAAGAAUUUAAACUUAGAACUAGAUGACCUUAAUAAGAGGGCCACUGGGUUAGGGCUGCAAUAUAGACUUGCAAGCAAGCAUCCUGAACAUAUAGAAACCCAACAAACAGAUUCCUCAAUUAGUGAUCCAUCAAAAAUUAUAGGAAGAGAAAAUAAGGUCCUAGAAGUUGUUCAAUCAUUGAUUGACUCAAGUAAUGAUCAACCUCUCCUUGUUGUAUCCAUGGUGGGUAUGGGAGGCAUAGGCAAAACUACUGUGGCCAAACUAGUGUGUAACAAUGAGCAAAUACAGGUAAAAAUGUUGGGAAUAGAGUUCUUGUCACAACUCAAAGUGAAAAUGUAGCUUCCACAAUGGGAACACUUUUGGAGCAUAGGCAUCAUCUUGAAAAGCUAACAAAUGAGGAUUGUUGGUCCAUAAUCAAGAAAAGAGCAUUUGGCAGCUCAUCAUUCCCUUUAGAAUUGGAAGGGAUUGGAAUGGAUAUUGCUAGCAAAUGUAGAGGUUUGGCAUUAGUUGCAAAUAUUAUUGGGGGGAGUUUGUGCAAUAAUAGGAAGAAGGAUGACUGGUUAUCAAUUAAAGAUAAUAGUGAAGU